AAAUGCUGGAGGUUGAUGGUGAGAUGGUUUGUGAGGAGUCAAAUUUGACUUCUGAUGAAUAUGAGGAUGACACUGAUGAUAGCGAUGAUAUGGAAGAGCUGAGUGCUGAAAUAGAGCAUUCUGAGUCAUCCACAACUGAUGAUGAGGAAGUUGAAAUUUUGGAUGGCGAAAAAAGUGAGGAAUGGCAGGCUGAUAUUCACCCGAAAGAGUCACAUAUGAUUGUUGAUCAAGAUAUUGUUGCUAUGGAUGGUAGUGACAGAUGUGGCCUUUAUUACUUCGAGAUUGAUUCGAGGGAAAGGAAACUAUUGGCCAAUUCUAAUAAAGUAACGGAAUCACUAGAUAUUGUUGUUGGAUUAAAAAGUUGUGGAGAUGUUUCUCGUUUAACAAAAAUUCUGGAGGAAAAAUUGGCCCAAAACCCAGAUUUUGCUGAGAAACGAGAAAAGGCCAAAAAGAAAGAGAGAAAUAUCCGUUACUUCGUGAGGCGCCUAUUUACUGGGUGUUUCAUACGGAAGUAAUAAGUAACCCAAAACUAGACAUUACCCAACUCAAGACUACCGAUCUAAACCAAAUUUCUCGAUUUUGUGACUCCAAACGUAUCCAUUUCCUGACUUUGUGAUUCCGAAAGUAUGUAAUUCCUGAGUAUAGGACUUUUCCUGACUGAGACACUUCCCGACUGGGACAAUUCUCGACUAUGACAUUUCCCGACAACGACAAUUCCCGACUACGACAAUUCCUGACUGUGACAAUUCCCGACCGUGAUAUUACCCGAGUACGUAACUCAAAAUCGAAGUAUUUCCUGAUUCAGGACCUCCUAAACUAGACAAAAAAUUUCCGAAUAUGUGACUAUAAAAGCACGCAUUUCCUGGCAGUUUGUGACUCUUUCAAAUACACAUUUGAUGAUUGCGUGACUUUUCUCGACUGUGACAACGUUUACCGACUGUGUGACUUCAAAAGUGGGUAAAGUUACCAGAAUUUUUCACUCUCGACUUAGACUACAUUGUCCAAUUGUGAGAAACUUAAUAGAGACAAUGCACAAAUGUGUGACUAUUAAAUUUCCCAACAAGGUGACUCCUAAACUAGACAUAACUCGGAAUUUUAUGACUCCAAAAGUAUCCAUUUCUUGACUUGGUAAUUCUAAAUGAAUGCGAUCUUCGACUGUGACUUUUUGCGACUGUGACAUUUACCGACUGUGACAAUACCAGACUAUGAUAUUUCCCGACUGUAUAUAUUUUUCAAUGGUGUGACUAAAAACUAGAUAUUACCCGACUGAAAACUCUCUUAAAAUAUACGAAGUUAAAACUUAUUUUAUAUGCAUGUAAAAUUAACGUAAAGUACAAUAAAUUGAACAUGUUUAAA